GGAGGAGAAUGCGGGACUUUUCCUCAAACACUUCACACACAUCCACCACGGACUCCGGAGGAAUAACUAAAGGCUUUUGUUGCUACUUUAUCCUGCUCUCCAUCUUUCCUUAAGUGGCUAAUUUACGUGCUCUGGGAAGUCGAACUGAAAAGCUUUUCUCUUUGUCAAGUUCACCGUAAAGGAAUCUAUAAGAGCUUGGCACGCGUGCGUAAGACUGCGGGGAAAGCUUUCCAAUUUCCCUCGCGCUGGGUUUUAAGGUAAGAGAGCAUACAAUAUCGGAGAAAGACUUUAAAAAGCACUUUGGCUUAUUCCCAGCCAGUAGCGCAAGCUCUGGGAUGCGAAUGUGAGAGCUGAAUUCACAGACAGAUCGCUUUUGUGUUCUACUGCAUUGCAGUUUAAAACAGUGAAAGCGCGAGAGGAGCCCGCGCUCCGCAGCAUCUCAAUGAGCCGGACAAAGUCGUUUAAACUGCUAAGAUUUGACUCUCGUUUACUCCUAAAAGGCACAGUGGAUCAUUAUUGUCCGUAAAAGAGCUGUAAAGACUUAUCGCCGAUGCUGAGCUCUGCACAAAGUGGAUGUUUUAUUUUAUCGUGUUGAAAACGUGACCGGAGAACUGAAAGACUGUGGGACAAAAUAAGAUUUUGCCGAAGGAAGCCUUCAUAAAAAUUAAUCAGUGGCGAUUCUUUCUUGGACCAGAGGAAGCUGCAGAUAGAGAGUGAAAGAGAGAGAGAGAGAGAGAGAGAGAGAGAGAGAGAGAGAGAGAGAGGAAGAGAGCGAGAGAGAAAGAGAGAGAGAGUCAUGGGGAGCAGGAGCGUUGGCGCAGUGCACUCCGCGCGCUGCUACCUCGUGCUUAUCCUGCAGCUGCUGACUCAGCUCCCGCACGCCAAUUCAGUGCUGCGCUACCGCGUGGCGGAAGAGGGGCCGGCCGAUGUGCACAUUGGUAACGUGGCUUCAGACCUGGGGCUGUCCACCUCUGGGAUUGGGACUGGUGAUGUCACGUUCGCUUUGGAAUCUGGCUCUGAAUUCUUUAAAAUUGACAAUGUCACCGGAGAGCUUACUACAGGCAGCAGGAGGAUUGACAGAGAGAAGCUGCCACAGUGUCAGAUGAUUUUUGAUGAGAAUGAGUGCUUUUUAAACUUUGAAGUGUCAGUCAUAGGUCCCCUGCAGAGUUGGGUGGAUCUUUUUGAUGGGCGAAUUGUAGUCACAGACAUCAAUGACAACACGCCCUCUUUCCCUUCACCAGUACUCACACUAUCUGUUGAGGAGAAUCGUCCAAUCGGCACUCUCUAUCUCCUUCCCACCGCCACAGACCGCGAUUUUGGUCGCAACGGCAUAGAUCGAUAUGAACUUAUCCAAGACAGUAGAGAUGGAGGGUCAUCAUCCCGCCGACCCGCAAAUGGACCAACAAAUGGAAACGGUGGUGACCGAAGGAGAGGGCCAGAAACAGGGACAGGACCUGCCAGCAGGAGCAGUGUGUUUGAACUGCAGGUGGCUGACACACCUGAAGGACAGAAACAGCCUCAACUGAUUGUAAAAGGGCCUCUGGAUCGUGAAGCAAGGGAUUCUUAUGAACUUGUGCUGCGUGUUCGUGAUGGCGGCAACCCGCCCCGUUCCUCACAAGCAUUGUUACGUGUGUCUAUCACAGAUGUUAACGACAACAGUCCACGUUUUGAGAGAGCAGUGUAUGAAGCAGAAAUGGCAGAAAACGCCCCACCUGGCACACCUGUCCUGCAGGUGCGUGCCACAGACCGUGACGUUGGUGUGAAUGGGCAGGUUGAGUAUGUUUUCGGAGCGGCAACAGAAUCAGUGCGGCGCCUCCUGAGGCUGGAUGAAGCAUCAGGUUGGCUGAGUGUUCUGCAUCGUAUAGACCGUGAGGAAGUUUCACAGCUACGUUUUACAAUCACAGCCCGUGACCGCGGCCAACCACCUCGCACUGAUCGCACUACAGUUGUUCUUAACGUAAGAGAUGAAAAUGACAACGUACCCAUAGUAGAAAUUCGAAAAAUCGGACGAAUCCUCGUUCGGGACGGUGCUGCAAUGGUUCCAGAGAAUGUGCUGGUUGACACACCGGUAGCCCUAGUGCAGGUGUCAGACCGUGACCAGGGAGAGAAUGGUGCGGUGACCUGCACUGUGGUUGGGGAUGUUCCAUUCACAUUGAAACCAGCGGGUGAGACACCACUAGCACCUCCACCAGCCACAGAUGAUGCUUUCGAACGAAACAAAAAGAAAUAUUUUCUCCACACCUCAGCACUUUUGGAUUAUGAAGCUACUCGAGAAUAUAGUGUUACUAUUGUCGCAGUGGACUCAGGUAGCCCAAGCCUUUCUAGUAACAGUUCCCUUCUGGUGCGUGUGGUAGACAUAAACGACCAUGCUCCCACUUUCGCCCAAAGCUUAGUGGAAGUGCAUUUUGCAGAAAAUAAUGCCCCAGGAGAGCGAGUGGUCACUGUAGUGGCUGCUGAUGCAGACAGUGGCAAGAAUGCAGAGAUUGCAUACUCACUCGACCCAUCUGUUAAUGGAGCUUUUUACAUUGAUGCCGAUAACGGGGAUAUUCGUGCCACUGGGGCACUAGAUAGGGAGCUGAGGGAACGCUAUGAAUUUCGUGUGAUAGCUCGAGAUAAGGGCACCCCAUCUCUGCAGGGCUCUGCUACUGUUGUAGUCCAGGUCACGGACAGGAAUGACAAUGCCCCCAAAUUUGUCCAGGAAGUCUUCACAUUCUAUGUCAAAGAAAACCUGCUCACCAAUAGCCCCGUGGGCAUGGUGACUGUUACCGAUGCAGAUGAAGGAGAGAAUGCAGAGUUGAGUCUUUUUGUGGAGCAUGACGAAGAGGAGGGUGGAGAGGAGGGCAAAGAAGGGAAGCAAGAAGUUUUCUCCAUUGAAAAUAACACUGGAACCAUUUUCUCCUCUGCAUCCUUUGACCGCGAACGGCGUAGCACAUAUUCAUUCCGUGUGCGUGCUGUUGAUGGUGGAGAACCGCCACGGUCUGCCACCGCCACCGUCUCCCUGUUUGUCACUGAUGAAAAUGACAAUGCGCCAUCCAUCACAUCACCCGCUAAUGAAUCAUACACCCUUCUGCCACCCGCUAGUGGGGCCCGGACUGUAGUCCGCACAGUCUCAGCCUCGGAUGGAGACACAGGGUCUAACGCUGACCUGCGCUAUGCUCUGGUAGGCGGAAACCCUUUUCGCCUGUUUGAGAUUGGCUCUAGUAGUGGGGUCAUAACCUUGGCAGAGCCCCUGGAGAGAAGACACAGGGGUCUGCACCGCUUGGUGGUCCGGGUCAAUGACAGCGGCAUGCCUUCCCUUUGUGCCACAGCACUGGUGCAUGUCUUUAUCAAUGAAAGCUUGGCCAAUGCUACGCUGGUGGAUGCACAGGUGGCCCGCAGCCUUGCAAUCCCCCUCUAUAUGGAUAUUGCAGGUGACCCAGACAGCGAGAGAGCUCUCGGUAAACAACGCCUGAGCGUUGCCAUUGGUGUCUUGGCUGGUGCUGCUGCCGUUAUUCUGGUGAUCCUUCUGGUUGUGACAGCUCGACAGUGUGGGGCACAGGGUAAGAACGGCUAUGAGGCUGGCAAGAAGGAGCCAGAAGAGGACUUUUUCAGUCCACAGCCUCCCCCUCUACAAGCCCAGGGCUCCCAAAAUGAACGUGGGCGCAAACCACGCAGAGACAAGCGUAAUAAUGGCACUGCCAAAUCUGAGCGUUCUUUAUACAGUGGAAUUAUGACGGUGAACGGCUGCAGACGUGGGGGAGGUGAUGAAGAAGAGGAGGAUGAGGAGAGCAGCAGUACCAGUGAGAGGAUUGCUGCUCGUUAUUGCGCAGCAGCUAAUGGAGACCCUAGUAGUCCAAGGCUAGGCUCGAGACGCCACCAGUCAAGCCCAGAUCUGGCCCGCCACUACAAGUCCAGCUCACCCUUGCCUGCAGUGCAUCUUCAGCCCAACUCACCACCCGUGGAAGGCAAGAAGCACCAGGCUGUGCAGGAACUGCCCCCCACCAACACCUUUACUGGCAAUGGCACCGGUAACGUAGACGCUAUGUCACUCAGCUCAGACCAGUGCUCCGAUUACGGCUGUCAAACCGUCAAGUACAGCAAACAGGAGUAG